AUGGAUUCAGACAAUUCAGAUAAUUACGAUCAAGAAUUUUGGGAGUUAGUUGAAGAAGAAUUUAUGGACGACAGUGAUGAAGAACAACAUCUUCAAAAUGAAUGUCAAUUUGGAAGUUCCUCUAGGCCAAAGAGAAGAACUACGGUAGAUCGAGAUCGUGAAGAAGUGCACAAUCGGUUAUUCAAUGACUACUUCUCAGAAAAUCCAGUAUGCACAGAUGUACAAUUCCGAAAAAGGUUCAGAAUGCAUAGGCAUGUGUUUCUUCGAAUUGUAGAUGCCCUCGGCAAUCAUGAUGAAUAUUUCCAAAUGAGGGUCGAUGCAACUGGUAAGAUGGGUCUUUCACCAUUGCAGAAAUGCACAUCUUCUAUUCGUAUGUUGGCAUAUGGGUCUCUCGCUGACAUUGUAGACGAAUAUGUUCGAAUCGGUGAAAGUACCUCAAUUGAGUGCUUAGAAAGAUUCGUUAAGGGCGUGAAUGUUGUAUUUGGGGCUGAGUAUUUGAGAAAGCCUAACAACACUGAUAUUGAACAUAUUUUACAAAUGGGUGAGUCACGUGGCUUUCCAAGUAUGUUGGUUUCCAUUGAUUAUAUGCACUGGGAAUGGAAGAAUUGUCCUGUUGCAUGGAAAGGACAGUUUUGUCGAGGUGAUCAUGGUAAACCCACGAUGAUGCUUGAAGUAGUGGCAUCACAAGACUUGUGGAUUUGGCAUGCAUUUUUUGGUAUUGCAGGUUCAAACAAUGACAUUAAUGUGUUAAACCAAUCCAAUGUGUUUAACGAUAUUUUGGAAGGAUGUGCUGCUAAUAUGCAAUAUACAAUCAAUAGAACUCUUGAUAAUAUGGGGUAUUAUUUAGCGGAUGGAAUAUAUCCUGAGUGGGCUACAUUUGUCAAAACUAUUUUGAUGCUGAAGGGGUAA